CACAACACCAGAUGACAAGGGCUCGUGUUUGUGGUCAGAAGGCUCCGGCGCCGUAUUCAAAUGAGCGCGAGCAGCGCGCGCGUGACGUAGCAGCUCGCGCAGCUGGACAUCAAAGAGGAUAAAAGCGGCUGUCCGCGGCCCGAUAAGCUCUUUUAGUGAAAGCAGAUAGAGCGUUUGCCCGACCCUUUCAUCGGUGACCGGAUCAGGAAUGAUUUCAGCACCGCGGACAGCGGCGGACCGGACAAAACUCCCGUACUGCCACGAAUCUUUCCAUAACCUUCAGGAGCUGAGACACAGCGCAUCUCUGGCCAAUAAGGUCUUCAUUCAGAGAGACUACACGGAUGGCACCGUCUGCAAGUUCCAGACCAAGUUCCCCUCCGAGUUAGACAGCAGGAUCGAGCGGACGCUGUUUGAGGACACGGUGAAGACGCUGAAUAAUUACUAUGCAGAGGCGGAGAAGAUCGGAGGCCAGUCGUACCUCGAGGGAUGUCUGGCCUGCCUCACGGUUUACCUCAUCUUCCUGUGCAUCGAGACACGCUACGAGAAGGUGCUGAAGAAGAUCUCGCGGUACAUUCAGGAGCAGAAUGAGAAGGUUUACGCUCCUCGAGGUCUCCUCAUCACUGACCCCAUAGAGAGAGGCAUGAGGGUCAUUGAGAUCAGCGUGUACGAGGACCGCGGCUCCAGCGGCUCAAGCUCAGGAAGCAGCACGACCAGCAGCAGCGGGCGAUGAUCCACACACACACACACACACACACACACACUCGCCCGCGUGUGACGCCUUCAUACUGACGCCCGCUGACCAGACACGUCAGCACCGCCAAACACCAACACACCCGACAGGAACUGCCUCCGAGACACAUCAGCUGCUGGAUCAGCGGCCCGUCAUCACUCAGCCGUCCCCCGCUCGCUCGCCGUAGCGCACACACCAGCUUCUGUCACUGUAAUAUGCAACGCCUGUGAUGUAGCUGCCGAUCGGCACACGACAGUCUUCCAUCCUCGCCGCUCAUCGUCCCUUUUUUUUUUUUCUUUUCCGUUCGGGAACACGAGCACUUUUACUCUCGCCGUUGAACGGAAGCGCGUAUAUUUCGCACAGGCCCCCGGACACUGCCAUCGUACUCCACAGGUGAUGUUUCUUUCGUAGCGCGCUAAUCGUCCCUGCUUUGCUCUCCUGAGGACGUGACUGCCAAGAGCCAGAGCUUCCUCACACGGCCCCUCAGAGUGAGCUUCCCGUUCGCACCACAAGAGAGACUUUGGCCCCCGGUUUAUGCAAAGAUCAAGAGUAAAAGAAGCUGAGAGUGCUUUUCUGUUGUGUAGCAAAAUAAAUAAACAGUUACGGUCACACGCACGAGUUCUGCUUCUAACCGAUCCGUGUUUUAUUAAAAGAUGUUUACACACCCUAUUAACCCA